CUCCUCAGUCACAAGCCUCGCCAGAACUCCCCAAGCAUACCCCGCCCACCAUGAAGUACCCCGUGCUUCUUUCUGCCAUCUACGGCCUCCUUCUAAGCCCUAUGGCAGCUUCUGCACCGACAGCCAAGCCAGCAUUCACACUUCGCGUCCGGGCAGAUGACCUCCGCGCUCUCCGCGCCAGAGCCAGCAUCGAAGCCACGGCGCUGGAUGGGUACAUUGUCGCCGACACUGAGCUGGACAAGCGCGACGAGGAGGCGACGGCGUUGUAUGCGUAUAUUGCAGCCGACACUGAGCUGGACAAGCGCGACGAGGAGGCGACGGCGUUGUAUGCGUAUAUUGCGGCUGAUAGUGAGCUGGAAGACGAGUGAAGGUUCUCGGACCUGUCGGGAAAGCGCUGUAGCAGCAAGACACCAUGCUUAAGACUGGUCCAUCUGGAAAAGAGCCAUCGCUACAAUCUUUACGUCUUGCCUGAGAAAUAAUGUGACAUGCAGCCAUUGUUCCAC